AUUAUAUACAACAAUAAACUGGAACAAAAGGCGUCUGUCUGUGAGUCCAACACCAUUCGAAGAAUUGAAGACCAAGUGCAAGGUGCAACUUUUGCGGGAGAAGAUUCAUCUAGAAAUUUACCAGCUACGAAAUGAGGAACUUCCUGAUUGCAUUGGCUUUGAUUGCCGUUUUCGCUGCUGUACAGUCCAUGCCAACUGAUACCCAUGAAGAUAAGGCUCGUAACUACGUUCCAGAAAGUGCCAAUGCCACUGAUCCAGCCGUAGCUGAACCAUCUGAAGCUGAAAAUGAUCCAGCCCAGAGUGAGACUGAGCCCGCAGCAGAGGAAGCUAGCACUGAUGCUGCCGCUGACACAAAAGAAGAUGAUUCAGCCGCCGCAGAUGACAGUAGCGAUGAUGAUCUUGAUGAUGAUAGUGUUGACGAGAACGACGAGGACGAUGAAGAUGAUGAAGAUGAUGAGGAUGAUGAGGAUGAUGAGGAUGAUGAGGAUGAUGAGGAUGAUAGCGACGAUAGUGAUGAUGGUGAUGACGAGAAUGACGGUGAUGAUGAGGAUGACGGUGAUGAUGAGGAUGACGGUGACGAUGAGGAUGACGGUGAUGAUGAAUAGACGGUGGUUUAUUAGUUGCAAAUCAUUGCAAAACGAACUAUUCCAAUACACAAACUAGUGUAUGUGUAUCAUACUAGUACUUUUUCCGCAUGGAAAAUCUUAAUUAGUACCAGUUAUUGCCAUGUAGCCUUAUGGAUGCAAUAAAGCACUGUUAUAUACAGUCA